UGUUUGGAUGGCUCAAAUAGAAGAGAAGAACAUUCCAUUAUCCGGUACCCGCCUUAAACCGCUGCACACUCUGUCAUUUCUCCGGCGAGCAAUUUUUCUCAAUGAAGAAAGCAAAAGAGUAAAGAAGAAAUCGGAGAAACAAGAAGUAACUUGAGUAAAACGAUGAGUGCAAUCCAUUUGAGCACUCUCAGAAGCAUUUCUCAGCAACCCUUUUCUCUGUUCCUCCUCUUUCCACUUCCCAAAUUCAAAUCCAUUAACAAUACACGAAUCAAAGCAUCAUCAGUAAAAGAAGAAGAAGUAGAAAGGAAGAUGGAAAUUCGAGUUUGCACAGAGAGGGCAUGCAGGAAACAGGGAUCCUUGGAUACCCUUCAAGUUUUAUCUGGAAUUGCUCCUCCCUUUGUAGCGGUUAAUUCCUGUGGAUGUCUUGGCCGUUGCGGGGCUGGACCUAAUGUCGUCGUUUUACCUGGUGCUGUAUAUGUCAAGCACGUUGGUACUCCCACUCGAACUGCUGAAGUUAUGGCGUUCGUGUGCCUUGGUAGGGAUGAUGUUGAAGGAGAGAGUAGGAGAAGUUUGGAGGCUUUAGCGUUGAGGAAAAGAGCUGAAGAUGAGAUGGGUAAUGGUAAUUUCUCUGAGGCUCAUGGUUUGCUCUCACAGGCUAUUGCUCUAAAGCCGUUUGGAGGUGUUCAUAUUAUGCUCAAAGACAGGUGUGCUGCAGAGUUGGCAAUGGGAAAUUUGGCCGAGGCACUCGAAGAUUCUAAGGAGGCGUUAAAUAUUGCUCCCAAUUAUCCUGAAGGUUAUAUCUGCCAAGGUGAUGUUUUGAUGGCUCUGGACCAUGUCGAUGCAGCCGAGAGGUCAUACUCCAUGGCUUUAGAGUUAGAUCCGUCCAUCCGUCGCUCAAAAUCCUUCAAGGCUCGGAUUACAAAGCUUAAUGAGAAACUUGCUCUUGCAAAUUCAGCAUAAGUAACAAGAUUGUAUGUUUAUACAAAUUAGGAUUACUGUCAAUCUAAUUUGCCCAAGGUAUUUAAGUAUUGCUGAGGUUGAACAUGUUACGUAUGUGGUGUUGUAGUUCAUUGUCUAGUUUGACAUUGUAUAUAGAAUGAUGUCUGUAAGCAGAAGGUACUCUACUGGCUGGUCUAUGUUAUAUAUAUGUAAACAUAAUGCAAUUUUUUCGUCCUUAA